AUGACAAGGGCCAUCGUCACGUAUGGUUCCGCUACUGUAGGUGACUGUCUGUGCACAGGUCGGUUUAUGAAAGGCCGUUUGCUAAACGUCUUACCGCCUCCUCGGAAUUGCCUCCAAGCCUGUCUCAAACGCAAUCGCAACAAGCGCCUGGACAUUGACGGUGUCAAGUGUCUCGAAUUCGACCAAGGCUUCAACCAGGGGGAAGUGGUGACUUACAAAGUGGAACCGCCUUACCACCCCUCUGAGUUGGAAGUCUCCUUCGACCUCGAUCCCCACGAUUCUGCUUCUGGCUGCAGCUUACGGCCCACACGUGCUACUGAUAGGCCGGCACCUUAA